AUGCGCCAGACCUUGCGACACAAGAAGCCAGAAGCGGACGGUCAAGGAGCAAGCCCCUUGGCUCAGGAGCCCCAUGCGUUGCCUUACCCUCCACCAUCACUAGCAACGCGCGAUUCCGACGACACCCUCGCAGUGGCCACUCCCCCCGCAAUGCUCAACGAAAAACGUACCUCGACCACCCCUGGUCCACCACCGAUCCCGUUCGCCUGGCCUCGCGGCAAACACGCCGUGAGACUCUACCUCUUCCUCCUGCUCGCCUUCGUCGAAGUCGAAGUCAUCCCCCUAGCACUCUUCUACGGCCUACGCUAUGGUACAGACACCGCGAAUUGGAUCACCUUCGCUAUCAUCACCGCGCUAUGGGGGUUCAACAUCUACUGGCAGCUGACUCGACGCUCGUGGUACCUCUUUCGGCGCGAGGAGUAUCGGCCUAUAGGCGUCACCAGCAAAUGGGCGCUCGACUUCACUGCAUGGACAGGAACCCUUUCCACUUGCGCCGCUGUGGUACUGCUGACCAUCGGGACCAUACCGACUGAUGUCUGGGUACGGGUUUGCGCUAUGGCCGUGCCGGCGAUUAUGUUCGUGCUCGGUCUGAUUGGGUGGGCUGUUCUGCACUACGCGCUGUUCGGGUGGCCAGCGCCAUUUCGUUUGAGCUCGACUGCGAAAGGCGAGAUUGUCAAGCCGUGCGCGUAUUACUUCGUAGAGGAUGUCUUGGCUGUGGACGGGAAGGGUGGACGAGCGGUGAGAGAGGCGAUGGCUGCCAGGUACAAUGCCAGUCCGCGGUUCAGGAGGAUGUUAUUCGUGCAGAGCAUCUUCUUCGUCUUCCCGAUGCUUAUCUUGGCGGCUGGCUUGACGGUCGUUGCGGUGCUUCAUGCGAUUUCGAGGCCGAUUGUCUUUGGUGUUUGUUCUGGCGUGCCCUGGAUAUGGGUUGUGAUGUGGGCUCUGAUCAGCUGGGCAAUGGUCAAGCGAGAUCUGCGGCGCGAGCGCGAAGAGUGGUCGAAAAAUCAGGCGUCCUUGCUGGGUCAGUGUAGCUGCUGCCCGAGAUCUGCAUAG